GCACGCUCGUUACUAGCAAAACAAGCUCCAUAGGUAUACAGAGCUUAAACUGGAAGGCGAUUAAGAAGAAAACACUAAAUCAAAUAAAACACAAACAUGGUUUUACUGAAAUCUUUCGCAUUAACGGCACUCCUGUUGCAUUUAACAAUGUCAACAUCAACUGCACUCUCCUAUGACGUCAAAGGAUGUUUUUCAUCCCUUCAGGGAAGAAUUACCAUCAGAAACUUUGGACGCUACAAUUCCAACUACAAAUGUCAAUUUUGGUGCAAAUCUCAGGGAUUCAUAAUUGCAGCAGCAAAAGGAAAUCUGUGCUCUUGUGGAAAUGUCUAUCCUGAAGGGAAAAACGUCAAUGAUUCUUUCUGCAAAACUUCAUGCCGAUCAUGGUCGACUUGUCACAGUCCUAGAAGUUGCUGUGGUGGUCGUAAUGCGUAUUCUGUUGGCGUUGUUGGAGACGUUGAUGUGGCAAAACAUGUUCUUCAAAGAUUGGCUAUGAAAUGGCAGAAUAACGAUGCUUAUAGAACAGAUAUGGAAGGUCUCGUUCAAAAGCCUACUCGUCAACAUCAUUACGAUAACUGGGGAAGAAGUUUUGAUUCAAAAGGAUGGUCAACAUGUGAACAUGGAAGAUACAUGACUGGAAUGUACAGAAAUAAACUGACCAAUUCUGAUCCAAUCUAUCUAAUAGAAGAAGUAGACUGUUAUGAUGCUCCUGGAUAUCUAUAUUCCUCUUCAAAAGAUCGCGAUUGUUAUCAUCAUGAUUGGGGUGUAAAAUUUGACAGGAGGGGUUGGGUGUAUUGUAAUAAUGGGUACUACAUGGCUGGACUCUACAGAUCAUCUGGACAUAAAUUGUACAAUAUUGAAAAAGCUUUAUGCUGUCGGCCUAAAACUCAAGUAAAACAGUGGGGACACUGCCAGCGAAAGGACGUAGGACGAUCGUUUGACAAUAGAGGAUGGAAUCGUUGUCCAUCAAAUUAUUACAUGACUGGUUUGUAUAGAAGUACAUGUAAUAAAUUGUACUGCUUGGAAGAGUUUUACUGCUGUAAAAUGGGUAAAUACGUUGGCCCAACGCUGGUGGUAAGAUUGAAAGAUAAAAAAGGGAACUUAAAAAAAUGCUCUAUGAAUCCAAUGGACAAAUCACAGACAGCCAGCACUUUUAAAUGCACAACUUUAUUAAAAAAUUUGAAUUCCAAAAUUUUGAUUUUAAACGCAAAGAAGUUGAUCCUCAAUGAUGAUGAAAAACCAUUCAAAAGUUUGAAACUUUAUCCAAUUGCGAAUUUUCGUCCUGUUGUUUGCUCAGAAUUUAAAACCAGAUAUGUUUGUACAAGAAAACUUUCAGCAUUUGUUUCUGAAUCAUCUACCUUAACCACGACUAUGGGAAUUUCUUCAGCUAUAACAUUAGGCUCAAAUUUGGAGGUGUCUGGAGAAGGAUCUCUACUGCCAGAGAUAAAAAAUAUAUUUUCCACACAAAUAAGUAAAUCAGGUUCUUUAAGUACGGGAGAUACAAAAACAACAACAAAAACAAUAACUGAUACAAUUGACGUCAUAGUCCACGUUCCACCAAAGAAGGAAAUCUCAAUUAAUCUCAUAAAAUCUGUUCAGGAUCUAACAUACCAUUGGAAAACAGAGUUUGAACUUGAUGGAUGGUAUUCCAUCGAGUGGAACAAGUCUGAUCUUGAAUCAUUUCAAGCAGUGAAUGCUGUAUUAUCAGGCCCCAAAGAAAGAAUAAGUGCAUUUGGUACUUGGAAUUAUCCACGCAUUGGUUUCAUUAAAGUGGUGAUCAGUGAUAGUAAUGGGAAAAAGAAAAACGUUGUCUGUGUACACAAACUAGGCAAAGGAAAGAAGUGUCAGUUAUGAGAAAGAUGUUUAUUUUUUAUACUUUUUACUUCUUUUUACAAAAUUAGAAUAAACAUUAGCCUUACAUUAGUUUAGCAAAUGAGACAUUUGAUAGAAUGAAAGAACAAAGGGUUUGUAAAUUUGCCUAUGAAGUAUAUUUCAAAUACCUGUUUCAUGACAUAGCCACGAAAUAUCAGCAUUCACAUAUGAAAUUA